AUGGAGGUGGACAACCAGACCCGGGUGACCAAGUUCGUUCUGGUGGGCUUCCCCGGCACCUGGGGGGUGCGUGCCGCGAUAUUCCUGAUGUUCCUCGUGGCCUACAUCCUGACUGUGGCCGAAAACCUGGUCAUCAUCUUGCUGGUGCAACAGAACCGUCCACUGCACAAGCCCAUGUACUUCUUCCUGGCCAACCUGUCCUUCCUGGAGACCUGGUACAUCUCUGUGACGGUGCCCAAGCUGCUGGUCAGCUUCUGGUCCGUGAGCAACACCAUCCCCUUCACCCACUGCAUGACCCAGCUCUACUUCUUCAUCGCGCUCAUGUGCACGGAGUGUGUGCUCCUGGCCGCCAUGGCCUACGACCGCUACGUGGCCAUCUGCCGCCCACUCCACUACCCGACUGUGAUGAGCCAUGGGCUCUGCACCCGCCUGGCUCUCGGGUCCUGGGUCAUUGGCUUCGGCAUCUCCCUGGCGAAGAUCUACUUCAUCUCCCGCCUCAGCUUCUGCGGCCCCAACACCAUCAACCACUUCUUCUGUGACAUCUCUCCCGUGCUCAACCUCUCCUGCACAGACAUGUCCACAGCUGAGCUGGUGGACUUCGUCCUGGCCCUCGUCAUCUUUCUCUUCCCGCUGGCCAUCACCGUGCUGUCCUACGGGUGCAUCCUGGCCACCGUCGUGCGCAUGCCCACGGGGAAGCAGAAGGCUUUCUCCACGUGCGCCUCUCACCUGGUGGUGGUCACCAUCUUCUACUCCGCCACGAUCUUCAUGUACGCGCGGCCCCGCGCCAUCCACGCCUUCAACAUGAACAAAGUCAUUUCCAUCUUCUAUGCCAUCGUCACGCCUGCGCUCAACCCUUUCAUUUACUGCCUGAGGAACCGCGAGGUCAAGGAGGCUCUGAGGAAGCUGGUCUCCUGCCGGCCCCCUCGCUCGGACUAG